GGACCAUAGACGGAAAGGAGACACGAACCAUUGAGGAUCUUUCCAGGCUGACCAAAAUUGAGUAUCUGAGACUGAAAAUCAAGGAUAUCUUCAAUGUAAACCCCCAACAACAACGGUUAUUCUAUCGGGGCAAACAGGGCCCUGUUUCCAGUCUAGUAGUAAGGACUGGCGACCAGAGGACUGGCGACCAGAGUGUUAUCUAAUAUGCAUACACCCACCUUGUAUCCUUUCUAUCCAGUGUUUGAGCCAAGUAUAAUGACUCAAAAUGCCAUCCGUUAAGAAAGACAAUGGUGAUUGGGUUGGAGAUGGAAAUGCUGCCGUGCCCCUGUGACGGUCAUUCAAUCCUUUGUGGGUGUGUGUGGGGGUUAAUUGUCUGACCACUGUGCCUCUGUGUAUGUCCCAAAUAGCAACCUUUUCCAAAAAGCACUACUUUUGACCAGGGCCCAUAGGCAAUAUGUAGGGAAUAUGGUGCCAUUUGGGACAGACAGUGUGUGGGGAAUAUUACAUCUGGAAUAAUGACUCAACAUGCACCUCAUAAAGAAAAUACUGCUUUUUCUAUUAUCAUAAUUUAAUAUGCUUCACACCAUCCUUUUUUUAAUCCAGUUAUUUAACUUACCAUAUAAAUGGAUUCCUCUGAAGGCACUUUAGCCAUUCUUAAAUCCUAGGCCCUGUAAAUAAAAUAAAAAACUAAAGGAGAAUCAUGACUGCUAUUGAAAAUAAAUGGCUUGCUCUUGUUUUGCUGGAUAUCUGACACUACAUUAGGAUUUAAGUGGUUUUGUGUUUACACAUCCAUGCUUUGGGAGGGAUUCCAAUUUCGGGGAUGUUGUUCAUUGCUGUAUAAUGUGCAGUACAGCAUGAUGUGUCAGCCAUUUUGAAUUUUUGAAUGAGGAAUUCCCAUGUGCUCUCUUUUGAGAGGAAACAUGGGACGGAGCCACGGCAAGCUUUUUUUCAUUUUUUAUUUUUUUUGUGGGGAUCAAGCAACUAAGCGUAUUCCAUUUUAAUGUGAAUUUAAACAAAAGACCUGCGUUCGAUUUGCUUCAGUUGGCAGCCUACCUACGUUUUCAUCACCUUGUGAUGUAUGGUAUGCAUGGCUGGCUGUUUCUAAGGAAACAAUAUGCUUUUCUCUUCUCUCUUUUCCAUACUGAGUGUUGUUUUCCGACUAUCAUUUGAUUUUAGGCCUCGUUUAUGAGAUACACACUGGAUUCUGUUUUUAAGAUGGAAGAUGGCCACACGCUGUAUGACUACAACGUGGGACUGAACGACAUCGUCCAGCUGCUAAUCCGUUCUCAGGCAGGGGACGCUCCCGACAGCCCCCUCGUCCCGCCCAUUGCACCCCCUGUCACCCCGAAGGACUGUGACACCAUGCCCAUGUCCAGUAGUACAGCUCUGCCUCCCACCUCCCCCAACACCACGGCUGGUGCAGCUACCACACUCUCCCCAUCCAAGCCUACCAUAGUGGCCCCCAAACCCAUCCCUACCCUCACCACAGUCAACAACAACACAACCACCAGUAACAGCAGUACCACCAGUACCAGUAACACCAGUGAUCCCAAUAACAACAGGGCCAAGUCUUCUACUCCACCAGCACUGCUGGAGAAGCUCGACAACCAGCCAUCAACCUCUACACGUCCCUUCCUCAUAGACGCCGGCAUUGGGGUGUUCAAGAUAAAUGAGUUGGUGGACUGCAGAGACAUAAGCAUCGGUGCCUGGUUUGAAGCCUGCAUUGACAAGGUGGCACGAACCCCAAAGGGUCAGAACAGCAAAGCUCCUACAGCGGGGAAGGUUGGCAGGCCUAGCAAAAGGACUAAUGGCAAGCUGGAGGCCGAGCCGGGCCAAGGCCAAAGCCACCCCUCCUCCUCCACGGACAAUAGUAAUGGAAAUAAUUAUUCAAUGUUAAACUCGGACAGUGGGCCAGGGACUGCGUCCUCCACCUCUCAAACAGACUCUACUGCCACAGACAAAGAGAAGGAGGAUGUCACGUACCAUAUCAAAUAUGACGAUUACCCUGAGAACGGCGUGGUGGAGAUGUGCGGUGGUAACGUGAGGCCGCGGGCUCGGACUCUGCUCCGGUGGGACCAGCUCAGUGUAGGCCUUGUUGUCAUGGUGAACUACAACAUUGAGAUCCCAGAGGAGAGGGGGUUCUGGUUCGACGCUGAGAUUACUGCGCUCAAUGAGAUCUCCAGAACCAACAAGGAGGUCCGCGUCAAGAUCCUACUGGGAGGGCCAGGGGACGUCAUCCCAGACUGUAAGCUGUUAUUUCUGGAUGAGAUCUAUCAGAUUGAGAAGACUGGAGCACCCUCACUGUCUGCUGCAGAUGGCCAGUUCAAACGGAAGAGCGGGCCCGAGUGUAAGCACUGCAAGGCGGACCCCGACUCUGAGUGCAGGUUCUGCUCGUGCUGUGUGUGCGGAGGGAAGCAGGACGCCCACAUGCAGCUGCUGUGUGACGAAUGUAACAUGGCCUUCCACAUCUACUGCCUCAACCCACCGCUCUCCACUAUACCAGACGAUGAGGACUGGUACUGUCCCACCUGUAAGAAUGACACUAGCGAGGUUGUGAAGGCUGGUGAGAAGCUGAAGGCCAGUAAGAAGAAAGCAAAGAUGCCAUCAGCCCAUACAGAGAGUCAGAGGGACUGGGGCAAGGGUAUGGCCUGUGUGGGGCGCACUAAGGAAUGUACCAUCGUCCCCUCCAAUCACUACGGGCCCGUACCUGGUGUUCCCGUGGGAACAACAUGGAAGUUCCGUGUUCAGGUGAGUGAAGCUGGAGUGCAUAGGCCCCACGUGGGAGGUAUCCACGGCCGCAGUAACGAUGGCUCCUAUUCGCUGGUGCUGGCCGGAGGCUUCGAGGACGAAGUGGACAGGGGAGAUGAGUUCACCUAUACGGGCAGCGGGGGUCGCGACCUUUCAGGGAACAAACGCAUCGGGGAGCAUUCCUUUGACCAGACCCUAACCCACUAUAACAGGGCCCUGGCGCUGAACUGUGACGCCCCCAUCAACGACAAGGACGGGGCGGAGUCCAGGAACUGGCGUGCGGGGAAGCCAGUGCGGGUGGUGCGGAGCUCCAAGGGACGACGCAUCAGCAAGUAUGCCCCGGAGGAGGGCAACCGCUACGAUGGCAUCUACAAGGUGGUGAAGUACUGGCCAGAGAUAGGGAAGUGUGGUUUCCUGGUGUGGCGGUACCUGUUGCGGAGGGAUGACCUGGAGCCUGCUCCCUGGACACCUGAGGGCCUAGAGCGCAUCCAGAAACUGGGCCUAGCUGUGCAGUAUCCUCCAGGCUACGUGGAGGCCAUGGCCAACAAGACCAAGAAGGAGGCUAACGCUCGACCAGGGUGCACUAGGAGCAAGAAGCAACCUGGACGGGGACGGCCACGGCUACACCCCCUGGAGAAGAAGGUGAAGGAGGAUGAGAAGAAGCCCAUGGAGGGUACAGAACAGCCACAGAGCAAUGGCAGUCAGAAGACACCCAAGGACAAGGAGACAGAGGUGUGUAAGGAGUCGGCGGAGCCCCGAGCCAAGCGUCUGAAGAUGGAGGAGGCGUUCCAGCUGACAGAGCAGCAGCAGAGCCUCAUCAAGGAAGACCAACCCAACAAGAAGAACUGGGACGAGGCCAUGGGACACCUCAAGGAGGGGCCGAACUUCCUGAGGAAGGUGGAACAGACCUUCAUGUGUGUCUGCUGCCAAGAGCUGGCCUACCAACCGGUCACCACUGUCUGCGCUCACAACGUCUGCAAGACCUGUUUGUUGCGGUCUUUCCGAGCGGAAGUGUACACCUGCCCUGCAUGUCGCCACGACCUGGGGAAAGAUUACAUCAUGGUCCUCAACAAGACUCUACAGCUGCUGUUGGACCAGUUCUUUCCUGGCUACAGCAAGGGCCGAUGAGGCCACACACACUACAUGUACAUGGCGACACACACAUAUACACACACACACACACACACACACACACAGACACAUAGAUACACACAUUUGCACUUACACAAGUAGUUACGCAAAUAACAUACCGAUGAUGCACACAUACAAAACCUACGUAAGACAUACAUUGGUACACACAUACAUGCCACCUGUUGAACUUGGACUGUCCCCAUUUAACUUCACCAGCCUGAAAUCAUCCAUGCCUCAGAAGACCUCUCCUGAGCACCACCUAACCCUGCCAUGGAUUCCCUUCCUGGGUACCACCACUCCUUAACCCCCCAAAGGGUUCCCUUCUUCCCAAGCCUUCCACGUCCCCAGUCCGCAAAUACUUAGGAGUUCAUCACCUGUCCAUGUGAGGAACAGCCAGCGAGGAUGCUAAUGCUAACCAUAGCCAUGUAGAGAAUAUAUGGCUGUAACGCUACGUAGCCUCCAGGGGGAAGGUGCCUGAAGUCAGCACCUAUAGGGGUCAGGGGUUUGGGGUCACAACCUAGGGAAGCGGGAUGAUGGGAAAUGUAGUGUACAAUGUUAGUUUUUUUUUGUGUUACUGGUCAAUUUGAAUUUCAGCCUGUUCCUCCCUUUCUUCUUCUCUCUGAUCUCUGUUCCUUUUUUGUUUGUUCUCGUGGUGAUGUCCUUUUCGUUCAAAGAAUUCAGGAUUUUUUAAAGACAUGCAAAUGCAAAAUGUUUUAAAUUAGGCUAUGGUCUCUAAAGCAGCAAACUGUGAUGUGCAUUCCUUCCUACUGCUCAAGGCGCAAAUAUACAGAACAGAAAAAUAAUUUUUCUCUCUUCUGUAUCGACUCGCAAGCUAAUAGUUUCCUUCUCCUCAGUGGGCUUUGCUUCGUCCCCACCGUCCCUAGGGUUGCAAGAUUCCGGUAACUGCCCAACAUUCCAGGUUUUCCAGAAAUCCCAGUUGAAAGAUUUGUGGAAUCAGGAGGGAGAAAGCAGGAAAUCCAGGAAUCCUUCAACUGGGAUUUUUGGAAAAGUUGUAAGAAUUUUGGGAACAUUUGCAAUCUUACCUGCCCCCAGUCGUGUACUCUACCUACCACUGCCGUGGACUACAGUAACUGUCUAGUAGUCAAGUGGACGCUUCGCUUCAGCUUUAGUGUUGUGUUCUGUUUUUUUUUUUGCACUUAUUGAAGAAAAAAAGAUGUUGAAAAUAAAAAAAGUAAUGUUUAUAAUUUCCUAUCAUGCUACUACAACAUAUGGCAUUUUUCUAUCAUUUUAGUUGCCUAUUCUAUUUUAGUCAUUAGUUAUUAUUUUAUGUGGCAACCUUUACCUGCUGCUGUCAGCCUGAUUGAAGAGUUUCAUUGCUUCAUAUUGUGAUCUGAAAUUUUAUACAUGGUAUAAUAAUACUUGAUAUGCACCUAUUAAAUAUUUUGAUU